AUGCGAAGUGACAAUGUAUCUGUAAAUUCGGAAAGUAUUCCAGAUAAUGUAUUCAAUGGUGUUUAUUUCGAAUGUUUCAUCCAAUUCUCGUUCACUUGUUUGCAAAAGAAAACGCUGCUAUAUUUGAAAGAGUUAAAUAAACUAAAUGAGGUAUCAGUUAUUGGGGAUUAUGUGAAAUUUGUAAAACUGAAUACAACUGGUAACGUCGAUGAAGAAGAUACAUUUCAGUCUUCAAGCACAGAUGAACUGUCAUAUAUGAUUGAUAAAGCGGUUGAUCACUUUUUUGAUAACCAUCUUAUAAGGUUCAGGGCUAUGGGUAGAGAUGUGUUGGUGCCAAAUGAAGUAGAAGAAUUUGUCGGUAGAAAAAAACGUAAAGGUGGAGGUGGCGGAGGCGGCGGCGAUGGCGGCGAUGGCGGGAAGAAGAAAAUGAUGAUGAUGGUGAUGAUGUGCAUGAAAAUGAAGCUGAUGAUGAUGCUGCCAGCGAUGAUGGGUAUGAUGGGGAUGAUGUCCUUCAAAGGCAUGAUGUUUAGUAUGAUGUCAUUCAUGAUAUCUAAGAUGAUGCUUUUGAUGAAGAUUUUAGAGAAAAAGGGUGGAGGCGGAAGUGGAGGAGGGGGAGGAGAUGGAGGAUGGGCAGCUGGUGGCGGAGGCGGUGGAGCAUGGAUGCCGGCAGGUGGACAAGACUAUGGGGGUGGCGGAUAUGAUGCAAAUGGACAAUGGCAGAGUCGAUCCAUCAUUGAAAAGCAAAUUGAACUCAAAAAUGAACAACCUAUUAUAUCCUAUGUCAAACCUACGAUAAGAUAUAAUCAUAAAGAUAAUACAAAAAGUAUAUAUGACGGAGUACUAAAAGAUACGAAAUUAAAAUCAAGGAAGAAAAGAGGUAUUAUUGAUGUUCUGCAAAACGCUUACUUAUAUUGGACAAAUAAAGUCCUCGGCAUAAGUCAAAGGAAAUCAAAUCAUCAAACUCAAAAUCAUUUAAAAUAUAAACUUGUAAACGGUGUAAAAUAUGUUUAUUAUCCAGUAAGAAGUGUUACUAAAGUUAAAUCACCUAAAGAACUCAAACCGAAUGCUGUUAAAGUUAAUGGAGAUGAACUAAAACCUAUAAUUGUCGAUGACUUUAAUAAAGGCGAAAUAAUGGAAGGCCCUAUCGAAAGUAGGAUGAUGAGGAAAAAGAUGACUAAAAUGAAAGAAGUUAGCGAUACAAUGGAUGACAAUCCAUGGCAA